UCGAAAUUAGAAAUACUUGCUCGUAAAGUGAUAAAGCCAGCAUCCCUCGCCGCUCUUUCGCUCCCAUCCAAAUUGCCGAAAUCUGGUGGUCGCGAGCUAGAGAAGGAAUUGACGGGGCCAGCGGCGUGCACAGGAAGAGGGUUUCGACGAAGUAGCGAAGGAUUUUGGUUAAAUCCUGCUCAAAUCCUGCUACCAAAGUGCCGCUUAAUGAGAUGAGUUCAUUAGAUGUAACAAGAGCAGAGCUUGCUCUGUUGGUCUUGUACCUCAAUAAAGCGGAGGCUAGGGAUAAGAUUUGCAGGGCUAUUCAAUAUGGGUCUAAAUUUGUGAGCAAUGGACAGGCUGGUACUGCACAGAAUGUUGACAAAUCAACCAGCUUAGCAAGAAAAGUUUUUCGACUUUUCAAGUUUGUGAAUGAUUUACAUGCUUUGAUAAGUCCUCCCGACCAGGGGACCCCUCUUCCUCUCAUAUUAGUUGGAAAGUCUAAAAAUGCUCUACUUUCUACUUUCUUAUUCCUGGAUCAAAUUGUAUGGGCUGGCCGAACUGGCAUAUACAAGAACAAAGAACGCGCAGAACUGAUUAGCAGGAUAUCCCUGUUCUGCUGGAUGGGUUCUUCAGCUUGCACUACUCUAAUUGAGUUAGCAGAGCUUGGAAGAUUAUAUAACUCUAUGAAAAAGUUGGAGAAGGAGCUGAAAGCAGACGAUAAACAUAAGAAUCCACAGUACCUGGCGAAGAUACAGAAGUCAAAUGAGAGGCUGCUGUCUCUGAUCAAAGCAUCAAUGGAUAUGGUGGUUGCUGUUGGGCUGCUUCAACUCGCUCCUAAGAAAGUCACUCCUCGCGUGACUGGAGGAUUCGGUUUCAUUAGCUCCCUCAUUUCUUGCUAUCAGCUACUUCCUGCUCCUGCAAAGUCAAAGGCUGCAUGAAAAUGUGAUUCAGUGAAGAAGAAGCUGGCUCGGGUGGUGGACUGUAUUCACAUUAUUGGGUUAAAAAUGUAUAAUCAGACCUAACAUUUCCACACGUUAGGAAAUUAUGGUGAUAUUUUAAAUGCUUCAUAAUUUAAAUUUGCUUGACGAUAUAAA